AUGGCCCUUCAACUUAGAGAGGAUUCUCAGGACCCCGUACUUGGCAUCAGCAAUCACCUCGGCUGCUAUCCCACGCCUCGGUUGUCAUGCGCUCUGUAUAUUGUACACUCAUUCCUCUAUGGUCUCUGGACAUUUAGCAACUUACUUCCACCACCCAAGAUGGCACAACCACAACCAUUCAAAAUUGACGUUUCUCAAGAGACCCUCGACUGGAUAAACCAACGCGUGCAAACGGCGCGUAUUAUUCCUGACGUCGAUCAGCCCAAGGGAAAAGAAUGGGCGGACGGGACACCCACUUCGACGAUGAAUGGCCUCGUCGACUACUGGAAAAACACCUAUGACUGGAGGAAAGUGGAGGCUCGGCUUAACUCCACAUUCAAAAUGUUUACGGUGGACAUUCCGCAAGGCGAUGAAGUCAUCAACUUGCAUUUCGUCCACCACCGCAGCGAACGUCCUGGAGCGAUACCGCUGCUGUUCGCACAUGGCUGGCCUGGCAACUUCACUGAGGUUGGAAGUCUCCUGAGUAUGACUGCUCCACAGGACCCGACCCAGCAGGCCUUCCACAUUGUAGCUCCUACUAUUCCAGGCUUCGUUUUUUCGUCAUCUCCCAAGGCGCCAGGAUUUGGCGUUCCUCGCAUCGCUUCAGUCUACCACCAACUUAUGCUGAAGUUGGGAUAUACUCGAUAUAUGGGCCAAGGCGGUGAUUGGGGUUCCAUGAUAUUACGCUCUGUCGCUCUUCAACAUCCCGACUCGUGUAUUGCAAUUCACCUUAACAUGCUCACAACCCUCCCUCCUUCUCCCACCAAAAAUCCUCUCACUCUCCUCUGGCUCAUCCUUCGGUGGUUUACCCCUGAUGAGAAAAUGAGACUUUCGCGCAUGCAGUGGUGGAUGCAGAAAGAGUCCGGAUACUCGAAGAUACAAGGGACGAAGCCACAAACCAUCUCAUAUUGUUUGAUGGACUCGCCCAUCGGCAUGCUUGCCUGGCUCAGGGAGAAAUUCGAUUCUCUCUGUCAACCAGGCUACGUCUGGGACAAGGAGCUCAUGAUUACCUGGACAAUCCUCUACCUCCUCUCAGGAAGCUCCUGGAAUGCCAGAAUCUACAAGGAAGCCAUUCCGGCAUUGAAGGAACAAGUCCUGGAGAAAAGUGUUCCCGCAAAGGUCGCAUUUGGUGCCAGCUGCUUCCCUUACGAUGUCUUCUAUGUGCCGAUAUGGUGGGCGAAGGCGACCUUGGCAGAAAAUAUUGUGUUCUGGAGGGAGCAUCCUGAAGGCGGGCAUUUCCCGUCUGUUGAAUGCCCCGACUCUCUGAAGAAUGAUAUUUGGGAGUUUGUGGGUAGUCUCCCAGAAGGAACACGACGAGUUCUCAAGUCAGGCACAAAACUCUAA